AUGGCAGCCUGGCCAGACAUACCCCUUGGCAGCUUAGAUUUAACCAGUUUGGAUGAUCCUGGAAGCCAAGUCCAAGGAAAUUGUGCUGCUGGGAAGUUUCUGGGGCUCUGGGCUCCUCUGGAGGAGAAGAUAUGGACUGCUGUAUCCUUACUUCUGUCAGUAUCAGAGUUAGUUCGAUCCAAAGCGGUUGAUCAGAAGGUCUCUUGUGCUACACAUCUGACCACAAAGUUCUUUCAGAGUUAUUCUACAAACACUAUGCACAUCCGCACACCCAUCUCCGCACAAUCAUCCUCACCCACGCAUCCUCACGCGAGCAUACUCCCCGCAUCUCCUCGCGCAUCCUCACCCUUGCACCCCCCUGCGUAUCUUCACCCUCGCACCCCCCCUGCGCAUCCUCCCCCUCGCACCCCCGUGCAUCCUCACCAGCGCAUCCCCCGCGCAUCCUCACCCUUGCAACCCCUGCGUAUCUUCACCCUCGCACCCCCCCCGCGCAUCCUUCCCCUCGCACCCCCCGCACAUCCUCACCCGCGCAUCCCCCCGCGCAUCCCUCCGCACACCGCCCCGCGCAUCCCCCCUCAUCCCUCCGCGCAUCCCCACGCUCCCGCACGGAGCCCGCAGCCCCCGGUGGGUUCGGUGGGGGAGCAGCGCCACCUGCCGGCAGAACCCGCCUCGUUCCCUCGGCUCCCAACCCCCAGUGUCACCUUCAUUCCGAACAUAACAAGACUGGGCUGUAAAGGAUAA